UUCUACUUGUUUAUUUAUGUAUUUUCUCCUCUCAACUUUAUUCUGACAGGACAGUUCUAUGCAUAUCUACCCAGAAGAAUUGCAUGCGGCCGCUCCUGCUUCCCUGUUUUAGGAAUAAUUGGGAUUUGUGAAACUCAGUCUCUAAGAACUAUUCCUUUUAGAACUUUUUCGGAAACACCAGCAUACUUUGCUUCUAAAGAUGGUGCAAGUAAAGAUGGUUCAGGAGAUGGCAGUAAGAAAACUGUUGGGGAAGGCAGCAAUAAAAAGUCGAGCUCUGGAAGCUCUGGCAAAGGUGGAAACCAGCUGCGAUGCCCAAAGUGCGGUGAUUUAUGCACACACGUGGAGACUUUUGUCUCUUCCACCCGCUUUGUGAAAUGUGAAAAAUGCCACCACUUCUUCGUUGUGUUGUCAGAAGCCGAUUCUAAGAAGAGCAUCCUUAAAGAGCCAGAGACAGCAGCUGAAGCUGUAAAAUUGGCCUUCCAACAGAAGCCACCACCUCCGCCCAAGAAGAUUUAUAACUACCUCGACAAGUACGUUGUUGGUCAGUGUUUUGCGAAGAAGGUGCUUUCGGUUGCUGUAUACAAUCACUAUAAGAGAAUCUACAACAACAUCCCUGCCAAUCUGAGGCAACAAGCUGAAGUUGAAAAGCAAGCUUCUCUAACUCCAAGAGAAUUAGAAAUAAGAAGACGGGAGGAUGAGUACAGAUUUACAAAACUUCUCCAGAUUGCUGGCAUUAGUCCCCACGGCAAUGCUUUAGGGGCAUCCAUGCAGCAGCAGGUCAGUCAACAGAUGCCUCAGGAAAAACGAGGAGGUGAAGUAUUAGAUUCUGCCCACGAUGACAUCAAGCUCGAAAAAAGCAAUAUUUUGCUGCUUGGACCAACCGGCUCAGGUAAAACUCUGCUGGCCCAAACUUUGGCUAAGUGCCUGGAUGUCCCUUUUGCAAUCUGUGAUUGUACCACUUUGACUCAGGCUGGUUAUGUAGGUGAAGAUAUUGAGUCUGUCAUUGCAAAACUACUGCAGGAUGCAAAUUACAACGUAGAAAAAGCUCAACAAGGCAUUGUUUUCCUGGAUGAAGUGGAUAAGAUUGGCAGCGUACCAGGCAUUCACCAAUUACGGGAUGUGGGAGGAGAGGGUGUUCAGCAGGGGUUGUUAAAAUUACUGGAAGGUACCAUUGUGAAUGUUCCAGAAAAGAAUUCCCGUAAGUUACGUGGUGAGACAGUGCAGGUUGAUACAACCAACAUCCUCUUCGUAGCUUCUGGUGCUUUUAAUGGUCUGGAUAGAAUCAUCAGCAGGAGGAAGAAUGAAAAGUAUCUUGGCUUUGGUGCAUCAUCAAAUCUGGGGAAGGGCAGAAGAGCCGCUGCAGCCGCCGACCUGGCCAAUCUGGGUGACGAGUCCAAUUCUGAGCAAGAAAUGGAAGAGAAAGACCGCUUGCUUCGACAUGUGGAAGCACGAGAUCUGAUUGAAUUUGGCAUGAUCCCUGAAUUUGUGGGACGCUUACCAGUAGUAGUUCCCCUGCACAGCCUGGAUGAGAAGACUCUUGUGCGGAUUCUUACGGAGCCCCGGAAUGCAGUGAUUCCCCAAUACCAGGCAUUAUUCAGCAUGGACAAGUGUGAAUUAAAUGUCACGGAGGAUGCUUUAAAGGCAAUAGCAAGACUGGCUCUAGACCGCAAGACUGGGGCUAGAGGCCUUCGAUCUAUAAUGGAAAAGUUACUGCUGGAACCAAUGUUUGAAGUUCCCAACUCUGACAUAGUAUGUGUGGAAGUUGACAAAGAUGUUGUGGAAGGGAAAAAAGAACCAGGAUAUGUCAGGACUCCAACUAAAGAUUCCUCUGAGGAAGAAUACGACUCGGGAGUAGAAGAAGAAAGCUGGGCCCGUCAAGCAGACGCUGCAAACAAUUAAACAGUCAGAAUGUUCUGCAGCAAAAACA